AUGCGUCUGGUGGCUCACGGUGACCAGGAGGUGUCAGGUGCAGGUGACAUAGCGAGGUUUGCUCUUCUGGCUUUGCUCUUCCUUGGAGGUUGGCCUCAGGGAUUUCAACAGCCUCGAGCAGCCAUCCCUUUCCAGGAACCAGCACAGCACCCCACAAUUCACCAUAUGAGGAAAGCUGCAAGUGCACAAGGUGUGUUUGGAAUAUCAAGAACGCAGUACAAAUUGUUCAGAUUUUUAGCCCUAAAACUGGUCUGCAAUCUGGCUGAAGGGAUUCCUAUCAAGUGCUUGUUUUUUCUGAACGAACCAAUGUUCUUGCUUGUUCUUUCUCUUAUUCACUGUGCUUUGCAGCUGGCGGACAUUGAAACAUUUUUAAUAUAUAAUAAAGUCAGCAAGCUCUGUCUUCAGGCGUCUAUUGCGCAGUCAGUUAGAACUGCCACUUGCCAUCAAGACAAUGAAUCACAAAAAUUCAGGUGGAUCACUGAUCAUCAGCUUAUGAGUGUGAGACUGAACGUAUGCCUGGGGGUGCCGUCAAAGGAGGAUCAGGCUGUGAUCGCCCUGUAUCCUUGUAAUCGAACAAGUGAGCUCCAGUGGUGGGAAUGCAGAAAUGAAAGCCUCCUUGCAAUCAAAGGAGAAGAUUUGUUUUUUGGUCCUGGCAAUGAAGAACACGAUAAUGUUUUGUUAAAGAAGGGCCUGAGUGCAAAGAAUAAGUGGAAGAUCUAUGGGGCCAUGGAUGUUUUAUGUUCCCGGGGAUAUGAAGAGACAUUUACACUGCUAGGAAAUGCUUUCGGGGCACCCUGCGUAUUCCCUUUCAUGUACAAUAAGCAAUGGUACUCCGAAUGCACCAAUGCUGGCCGGUCAGAUGGCUGGCUCUGGUGUGCAACCACUGCAGACUAUGACACAGACCAGCGAUAUGGAUUUUGCCCAUCAAAAGAUAAAGACACCACCUGGAGUACAGAUCUGUUAACAAAUGCUCACUACCAAAUAAACUCUGAAUCGGCUCUCACGUGGCACCAAGCCAGGAAGAGCUGUCAGCAGCAAAAUGCAGAAUUAAUGAGUAUCACAGACAUUCAUGAACAAACAUACCUUGAAGAGUUAACAGAAGGUACAGAUUCUCCACUGUGGAUUGGACUCAACAGACUGGACUUGAGGAGUGGAUGGGAGUGGAUUGGAGGCAGCCCUUUCCAGUACUUAAACUGGGCUCCAGGAAGCCCCUCUCCAGAAUCUGGAAAACUCUGUGCGGUUUUGAAUCCUGAAACAAAAGCUAAGUGGCAAAAUUGGGAAUGUGAUCAGAAACUUGGUUACAUUUGUAAGAAAAGAAACUUUACCUUGGUUCCCUCAGGUGACAUUGGGCCUGUUACUUGCCCAGAUGGGUGGGUACCGUAUAUAGAUCACUGUUACAAGAUGUUCAGGGAGACCAAAGGAUGGGAAGAAGCUUUGACUGCUUGUCAGAAGGAAGGGAGUCACCUGGCCAGCAUCCAAAGCCUUGAGGAGCACAGCUUUAUGGUGUCUCAGCUUGGGUACAAGCCAACAGACAAGCUAUGGAUUGGGCUGAAUGAUCAUAAGGUUCAAAUGUAUUUUGAAUGGAGUGAUGGUACGCCAGUUACAUACACAAAAUGGCACCUGGGAGAGCCAUCCUCCACAAACAACAGGCCAGAAGAUUGUGUACUGAUCAAGGGCCAGGAUGGCUAUUGGGCAGAUGAUGUCUGUGAGAAGAAAGCUGGCUACAUUUGUAAAAGAAAACCUAUAUCACAAAUAGCUGGAGAAAAGGAAAUUACUGAUGCAGGUUGCAAAAAAGGCUGGAGAAGAUAUGGGACUUACUGCUACUUUAUUGGACGUGUUCCAGCAACAUUUUCAGAAGCAAACACCACCUGUGAAGGAGAAAAAGGUUACUUAACCACAGUUGAAAGUAGGUAUGAACAAGCCUAUCUGACUAGCCUUGUCGGGCUGAGGCCUGAGAAAUAUUUCUGGCUUGGUCUCUCUGACACGGAGGACCAAGGCACUUUCAGGUGGACCAACGGUGAAGCUGUCUCCUUCACGCACUGGGAUGCAGCAAUGCCUGGAAGUAAUCCAGGAUGUGUAGCCAUAAGAACUGGGACUGCAGCUGGAUUAUGGGAUGUUCUUGACUGUGAGACAAAGCAAAAAUAUAUCUGUAAGCAGUGGGCAGAGAGUGUAACAGCUCCACCAAUUCCAACUACUGCUCCGGUCCUCACAUGUCCUGAAGGUUGGGUAUCAAACCACCAUAGUAGUUCCUGUUUUAAAUGUUUUUACAGAUCAAAUAUUAAAAAGAAAUCAUGGUUUGAAGCUCGAGAUUUUUGUAGACAAAUAGGAGGGGAUCUGGCCACCAUUAACAGUAAAGAGGAGAUACCGUUACUAACAAGAGCAAUGUCUGGCACUCGCUGUAGCUUUCAAAGAGUUUGGCUCGGUAUAUUUUCCUUGAAUCCAGAUGAAGGAUUUGCCUGGAGUGAUGGCUCUCCUGUUAGGUACACAAACUGGGAUGAUAGUCCAAGAAAUUCAGGAGGACGCAAGUUCUGUGGCGUAUUCAACGGUGGGACUCAUUCUAAACAAUGGUUUCUUUCGGUCUGUGAAGUACAGCUUGACUGGGUUUGUCAAAUUAAAAAAGGAGUGCCAUUAAAAUCUGAACCAACUGACACAUAUGCAUAUAAAACCACUGCGGAUGGAUGGGUCAUAUAUGAAGAUAAGCUAUACUACAUCAGCAAAGAAUAUGUCUCCAUGGAAAAAGCCCAAGAGUUCUGCAGGAUGAAUUCUGCAGACCUGGCUGUUGUUAAUAGUAAUAGUGAGAGAAGGUUCCUACAGAGAGCGCUAAAACAAAAUGAGGAAUCCUGGAGUCGGCCAAGAGGGUACUUCAUUGGGCUAAAAGUGAGUCUUGAUAAAAAGUUUAGCUGGAUAGAUGGGACUCCAGUAACCUAUGUGGCCUGGGCUCCUAACGAACCCAACUUUGCAAAUAAUGAGGAAAAUUGUGUGAUAAUGUGGUCAGAGCAAGGCUUGUGGAAUGAUGUAAACUGUGGUUCCUCCAAUAAAUUUAUAUGUGAAAAACAUAACAGUUCUAUUAAAUCAACAUUUGCUUCUCCAUUGCCUCCUGGAGGAUGUCCAGAAAACUGGUUUUUCUUUAACAACAAGUGUUUCAAAAUAUUUGCUUCCAAUAUAACAAGAAAGCUCAUGUGGCAUGCUGCACGAGAUGCUUGUAUUGAUUUGGGAGGAAACCUGGCUACCAUACCAAAUGAAAAAGUGCAAGCUUUCCUCUUCUAUCAUUUAAAGGAUGCCACGACUAAUGUUUGGAUUGGGAUGAAUGAUAUCAAUGAAGAGUCCACUUUUCUUUGGACAGAUGGAAGCACCGUAUCCUACACCAACUGGGUUAAUGGUGCACCAGAACAGAAACAAAGCUACUUUGACUAUUAUGACUUUGAAAUGUUGACAGACAUCACUGUGGAGACAGAUUGUGUCUUCAUCAUGAAGUCAGAUGGGAAAUGGAGAGAUGAUAGCUGUGACAACGAGAGAGGCUAUAUAUGCCAGAUGAAUUCAUUUACCACGCAGUCUGAAGUACCAACAACAAAUCCAUCCUCUGGCUUUGCCCGUUAUGGUGACAGUAGCUAUUCAGUCAUCUCAUCUGAAAUGCAAUGGGAAGAGGCCAGAAAAAAUUGUCAAGACAAAUCUGCAGAACUUGCCAGCAUUUCAGAUGCCUACAUCCACUCAUUCCUGUGGAUCCAGAUAUUGAAAUAUGGAAAACCCGUAUGGAUCGGUCUUAACAGCAAUAUGACUGGCAGCUAUUACAAAUGGACUGAUAACUGGAAAACCAGAUACACGAAAUGGGCAGCAGGGGAACCAAAGGAGAAAAAUGCUUGUGUCUACCUAGAUCUUGAUGGUACUUGGAAAACUGCAUCCUGCAAUGAAAGCUACUUUUCAGUUUGUAAGACAUCAGAUGCUAUAGCUCCUACUGACCCUGUUCAGCUGCCUGGAGGUUGCCCCGAAGCAGCCGAACUCCGAGCUUGGAUCCCUUACCGCGGCCACUGCUACUACCUUGAAGCAUCAGCUGGGACAAGCUGGGCACUGGCCUCCCUUGAGUGUGCUCGGUUAGGUGCUACCUUGGUUUCGGUAGAAAACAUGGAUGAAUCUGACUUUCUGAUCCAUAUGAUACAACCACUUGGGAAUAAAGUAGGAGGCUUCUGGAUAGGACUUUACCAAAAUGUGGAUGGCCAGUGGUUGUGGCUAGAUAAUGCUGCACUGGACUUUGUCAACUGGGAGGAGAAAGAGCCCAAUAUGGAGCAUCACUGUGUCGAAAUGACUGCACCAUCCGGUUGUUGGGACAACAUUGAUUGCUCCUCUGAAAAAGGAUUUAUAUGCAAAAAACCCAAAGUUGAGCCAAGUGGGAGUCCUCUACAGCAAAAAGGCAACGAAAAGAAUGAAGAGACUCACCCACCUAUUCAUGUCUCUGUUUGGCCACUCAUGUUCUUGGCUAUUCUCACUCUUCUUGGAGCUGGCAUGUCAGUCUAUUUCUACAAGAGAAAAAGACAAAAGCAACUAUCAACAGAUUCUGGCAAUGAAACACUUCUAAAAUGA